CAGGAAGUAGAACAGUUUGCUUUGUUUACGCUGGGGGAGUGAGAUGCUGUUUAAAGGAUUUCUGUUGAAUUGAAAUGUUUCCUGAUGGUUUAGUACACGCAUUGAGUUCUGAGACAAUUCUGUUUUAUUUAAGAACUCAGACAGAGAUGUUUAACUUAUCAAUAUGAUUCUUGACUGAGAAAACAAACGCGUUUUAGUAAAACGACUCUUUUAUUUUUUAAUCACACCAGAAGAAAUGUGGAAUGUAUAUGAAUGUGAAUUCUCCAGGGGAAAAUACAUACAUUAAAAUCAAAGAGGAUUCCUGCUAAACGAGUCUCAAACUAAAACCAGUGAAGAUGGAUGUCAGUGUCUCCGUGUCGUUCUUUCAAGACGAGCUCGCCUCUACCAUCGAGCACGCAGUGAAAGCGGCUGUAGACACCGUCUUGUGCCAAAUCACAAAAGUUGUCGGCGGCAAAUUCACUGAAUUCCGAAUGGAAAUGGCUGGAAAGGAGAAAGAGAAUGAAAGUCUGAAGCUGAGAUUGGAAAUAUCAGAGAGCGAGUUGAAAGCAGUGCGGGAAUGCAUGAACGCUGCAGAUGCAGACAUUAAACAACCUCUCAGAAACAUGAACCCCGACUGCAAUGAACAAGACUUUCAGAGGAACGAGAACCAGGGAUUAUUUCAAGAUCCCAAAAAGAGCCAUGCUGUACCUAAAUUUGAAGCACAGGAGGGGCCAAGGAUAGAAGCAGCUUACACACUAGAUGAGUCCUUUGACCAGGAGUGGUGUGCAAGUCUAAAGCAGGUUACAGAGAUGACAUUUGAUAAAGAUGAAGAGGUCCCUCGACUGGAAUGUGUUCCUAUUAAAGAGGAAUUCUUAGAACAGGAAUGUCUCCCCAUCACAGAGGAAGAUCCUACUGAAAAUGUCUGUACAUUUGAGGAGAACAACCAGCUGGGAUCCAGCCUGUAUGAUGAUUGUCCACCUGAAUGUGAACUGGGAUUUAGAGCGGCUAAAGGGAAUCACACAAGAGGGAAACCAUUUCCCUGUGCUGAUUGUGGGAAGAGAUUCAUUAAUUUAUCGCAGCUUAAAAGACACCAGCGCAUUCACACAGGAGAGAAACCUUAUCACUGCACGGAGUGUGGGAAGAGAUUCACGCUGUUGCAAAAUCUUAAAAGGCACUGGCGCAGUCACACAGGAGAGAAACCUUAUCACUGCGCUGAAUGUGAAAAGAGAUUCAGUCGUUUAUCGCACCUUCAAAGACACCAGCGCAUUCACACAAGAUAGAUACCUUAUACCUGUACGGAGUGUGGGAUGAGUUUAACAUAUUUCAGCUCCUCUAAAAAUCCACCAGCGGACUCACAAAACAGAGAAAUCUGCAGGGAAUGUUUGAAGACUUUCCGUCAUUUAUCAAACCUUGAAAGACAGCAUCAAAUUCACAUGUGGGUGAAGCCCUAUCCCUGCACUGAAUGUUCAGUCAGUUACUGGCUCAUGAAGGACACAAGAGAAUUCACAUAAUUUCAGCCACUUGAGGACACCUCAACACCAGAACUAUAUGUGACUAAAAUACAGAAAUAUUUACUGAAAACAAAAGAAUAUACUUGCUUGAUUAAAUUGUGUUACUCCUAAACACUUCAGAUCAAAACCUUACACUCCCAGAUGGAAGAUAUGAACUACUACAUCUUGUUGACCAUUUGCAUCUUGUUACGUCACAUUAGUAAUCUAUGAAAUAGAUUGUAAUUGUGUCUGCAAGAUUCCACUUUUCUAUUAGUUUGAACAUUAGGAUUAUUAUCUGUAACUCCUCACUAGUGACCAAGUCUCCAGCUCUUUCAAAGUCAAUGCUAAGCUUUGGUCAAUUCUGAAUUUCACACCUCAAACAUAGUUUUGUUGUUGGCAGGUUCUGACUGCAAUAUAACACCUCCGAUAUGUAUGGUUUUACAAUGGAAAUCGAAAAACUGAUUUUCAUCAGUAACCUGAGAAUGAAGGCCAAAUGUGCAUACUUUGUAAAUGUCCUCUUGUAGAAUUUUAAUUCAAAUAAUUAAGUGUUUUAUUUUGAUCACAUCUAGGGGACACUGAAAAGGACAAUGUCUUUUUUUUUUUUUUUUAUAAAAAAAUUUAGUCGUCGCCAAUUAUUUUUACCCCGGUUUUCACCCCAAUUUAGCAUGCCCAAUUAUUAUCUGUAUCCCCGGCUCACCGCUCGCAACCCCCCCCGCCGACUCGGGAAACGGAGGCUGGAACACGCGUCCUCCGAAACGUGCUCCUUCCAAGCCGUCAUUUUUUGCACUGCAGAUCCACAGCAACGCCACCAGACCUAUAGUGCCGGAGGACAACACAGAUCUGGCGGCUCCGCUGCAGAGCCACAGGCGCUCUAUCGGCCACAGGGGUCGCUGAUGCGCGGUGAGCCGUGGAUUCCCCUGCCGACCUAAGCCCUCCCUACCCGGGCAGCGCUCAGCUAAUUGUGCGUCGCCCCCUAGGAACUCUCGGUCACGGUCAGCUGUGACAUAGCCUGGAUUCGAACCUGCGAUCUCCAGGCUAUAGGGCACAUCCUGCGAGGAGUGCCUUUACUGGAUGCGCCACUCGGGAGCCCCCUGAAAAGGACAAUGUCUUAAAUUGUAGUAUACAACUCACUGGACAAAUUAUCCCCAUUGUGUCUACUUAUAGGAUUUGUAAGGCAUUACCAAAGAAAAUUAUGGAUUACAGGUGAAAACCUACAUUUUUUGUCUGUAGUCUGUUCGCUGGUUACAAAACUUGAUGGGAAAUGGAUGGAGUCAUUUCAAUUUUUACAUUUUUGUAAAGCAGACUAUGUGAGGCUCAGGAUAAGUGCAAGCAGCUCAUUUUAUCAUCACUCUAUUUUGGAAGAUGGAUAGUGUUUGCAACGGCACUGACUCCCAGUACGUCCGACACUGAGAUUUCAUAUAUUUUUUUUUAGUUUGCUCCUGCUUUAAGAAUAAAAUCCAGUCGGUUCAUUGGAGCCACAAGCAAGCCACUCUCUACACGUCAUGUGCUUGGAUUUCCACAGAACCCGGAGGAGAGCAUUGUUAUCGUGUCCCACGAUCUGAAUCGCACCAAACUGAGCGUGUGCACCUUCGUGACCCAUAUCAGUAGGGCAGCAGUGUGGAGUAGUGGGUAGGGCUCUGGACUCUUGACCGGAGGGUUGUUGGUUCAAUCCCAGGUGGGGGACACUGCUGCUGUACCCAUGAGCAAGGUACUUUACCUAGAUUGCUCCAGUAAAAACCCAACUGUAUAAAUGGGUAAUUGUAUGUAAAAAUAAUGUGAUAUCUUGUAACAAUUGUAAGUCGCCCUGGAUAAGGGCGUCUGCUAAGAAAUAAAUAAUAGUAAUAUCCAUGAAUAACUGAAGAGCAAAUGCCCUGCAAUCGAAGACAUCAAGAUGUUUUCAGAUGGGGCUAGCUCCCAAUUUAAACAGCGGUUCCUCUUCUCAAACCUGUAUUUGUCAAUGCCAUGUGCCCAUCAUACUCCUGACCACAUUAUCUAUGGAAUUAGGAAGAUGGAAGCUCCAAUAGUUGCAGGAAAUAAGGCUCUACGUUAUCCUUAGGUCACCCAAAAUACUCAUCAGGCUACUAUGCUGUUUAUCAUGUUCAUAUCCUGCAUGCAAUACUGUAAGAAUAAAAUAGUGAAUUUGGGGCAUUUUUAAUACAUCUUGUGAGUUUUCAUUUCUAUCUUCACAUUGCUCUAGUUACACCUCAUUUCAAAAUAUGAAAAUGAAGUAAUUAAGGCCUAUUACUGUAUUACUAGCACUUAUUAAUAGAGAGUAUCUACUGUAGCUGCACCAAAGGUUUGAUACAUAGAAUCAAUCACUUUCUUCAAAUGUAACCCUUCCAUUGAAAGCUUAAGUAGUUUUAUGAAAACUGGAAAAUAUUUGUUGUUUUUCAGUUUAAGUUAGGUCUGACACUAAGAAAACGUAUGAACGAUACCGAAGACAAACAAUCCUAUUUGAGAACCAAUACAUACAAUUUGAAAUACUUAAUCUACAAUUCAUUACCUUAAAGGGUACAUCAUUUUAUUGUGUUACAUGUCCCCAUGUGUUGCUACAACUGUUUACGUAAGGUGUGUGUAUUGUUUAAAUUUUACAUUUUGACCACUUUUUUAAACUUUUAAAUUGCAUUCCCUACUUCAAGAUGGCUUCCCAUGUACCCGCAUCAACCUCUCAGAACUACAUUUCCCAUCAUCCUCCUGUUUCACAUAUGUAACUGAGAUGGAUUUACCAGUGAGCAGGAGGAUGAUGGGAAAUGUAGUUCUGAGAGGUCCAUGUGGGUUGCUUGUGUGGGGGUGGGAAUGGUUUAAAACCCCAACAUCACAUGUCCUUGCUUUUGUGGCAGUGAGUUCAGCCCUAACUGAUGCAUUAACAUCAUUUUUUGCAAUGAAUUUCCUUGCUUUGUUGAGGAGUUUUCAUUUUCAUUAUAAACUACAGUUCUUGUGUGGAGGUGUUCCAUACAGGACUGCUGCAUUUCACCACAUUGUAUUAGACAUGUUAAUGCAAACUCAUUAAAUUAGUAAAACAAUGUUGAUCGUUUGUAUCUACAUAGUUUUUGAAAUCUAUGAUGCAUUAUUGUAAGGUAAGUAAUGAAGUGUCUGUUAUGAUGGGUUGACACGAGACAACAAAAGUGACUUAAUGUAACGUAGUAGCCCGCUGUCAGUUUAAACAGGUUCAUGCCUCUUAUGUCCAUAAAAACCUCUUUAAUUGUCAUCUAUUAAUGAAACAUUUAUAAUGCAAUCUUCAUUAACAGUAAAA